AGACUGUGCAAUAUACAUCUUUACAUUAUUUGUUAAAUAUUUCACAAAUGAAGACAAAUAAUAUUUGGAAUAUGUUUACUUUGAUGCAAAACCAAUUAAAAUGCCGGUGAUGAAAACCACAUAUCGCCACUUGGAAUUACAAAAUACAAAGGCAAAGCGAUUAUUUUAUAUGGAUACAGUAGUCAGUCACACAUCAAAUAUAACUUGAUUUAUUGUAGUUCUUCCGAGUCCUAUUCCUAUUGGGCAAUAUUUGCAAAAGCCAGCCCUCAUCAACACGCAUCCUCGUUGCUAGGCUUAAAAUCUUUUGUCCCUGUCAUUUACGCGCUGAAUAGGGUCGAAGAUAGUGCAAGUCGGCGGCGCUCGACAGCGGCAAACAAAUGCCACUUCGCAAUAUUUUCAUCUUAAUAAUGUAAUAUUAGGUGAGGGGAACCCUUUGAGGGGAGCGGGCGCAGCGUGUCUUCAAUGGGAAAUUUGUUGGGCAACUGGCGAUUCAAGGAGCCGAGCACCGUGGAAGAAUGCGACUCGACGUGGGGGUCGGACUCGGAGAGCGACGAACCUGCGGCGGAAGACGACAGCGGCAUCUCUGAGAGCGUGAGCCCGGCGGAGAGCGAGUGGCCCCCCGGAAACAAUGGAGACUUGUCCCCGAAGCUGACUGAUUCUCCAGAGUUUCUACCAAAGAUGAAAAGGAGUUUUUACGCUGCCAGAGACUUGUACAAAUACCGCCACUGCUAUCCGAAUUACAAAAAGUCCCGGCAACCCAACGAGUACCGUAACCUACGUUUCUACCUUAACAAGAUCCCACUUGUACCUGACGGUAUCUACAUCGAAGAAAUUUUGACAAGGUGGAGAGGUGAUUAUGACAAGCUGGAGCACAAUCACACCUACAUUCAGUGGCUGUUCCCAUUACGAGAACAAGGGCUAAACUUCUACGCACAUGAACUGACUCAGGAUGAGAUUAAAGAAUUCCAAAGCACUCGAGAAGCCAAGCGGAGGUUCUUGGCGGCUUAUUCCCUGAUGUUGGACUUCUACGGCAUCAAACUACUUGAUAAGAGCGGAAAUGUUGCUCGUUCUUCCAAAUGGCAGGAGCGCUUCCAUCACCUUAACGAGUCACAGCACAACUACCUGCGCAUCACUCGCAUUCUGAAGUCGCUGGGCGAGCUCGGCUACGAGGCCUUCAAAGCUCCAUUGGUCCGCCUGUUCUUGGAGGAGUCGCUACAUCGCAACACGCUUCCCAACAUGCAGCACAGCAUACUGGAAUACUUCGUAUACACCAUCCGUCGGCCAGCCGCCCGCAGACACCUGCUGCGAUACGCCCGCCAGCACUACAAGCCUGCUCACGCCUUCCUCUGGGGUCCGCCACCGAAGAGAUCCAAACCCAAAAGUGGAGAUGUUGGUGCUAGUGUGGGGGCUGGGAGCAGUGGGAUCCGAGCUCCUGCUCCCACACCUGAACCACAGAGGAGAGGGGGGGAGACGAGCUUCAUCCCUGCCUCUGGAUGUAGCGGGACACUUGUCUCUUACCACGAUGCCACAGUUUGUCAGGAUGUGGAUGCAGAGAGCCUGAAUGCAUACACACCGCUGGGCUCCAGCAUGGAUGGACCAGAGGGAGUAUUUAUGAUGAUUCUGGAGAGGAAUAAUUACAGUGGGGCUGUUCCUUUGUAAGAUGCCAGUUGUCUCCUUUGACUGAAACUGGCUUUUAAAAGUAAAGUAGACAUAUUCACGUGAAGAAAACUAUGCUUGUUCUUGAGGUUUUUAGGACCCGAUACAAUAGGAAAGUAGAUUAAGGCAAAACAGUUUAUUGUAUUACUUGUUAGCGUAAAAAAUCUUAAGGGCUUAUGAUAAACAUAUAUUAGCUGUUGAUUAAUUUUAGCCAGGGUUGCCCAACCUUUUUUGACCGAAGAUCAACUUUUCAAGCCAACCAACUUUUGCGAUCGGUCAUUACCGCAUGGGCACGCAUACACAUGUGCACGCGCACACGCAAUUCCUUACCAGUGCCAUCGAUGAACUGUAAACAAAACAAACUGAAUCAGAAAAAAAA